AUGGUUGUACGUUGUUCUUCUUCGAUGUGCCAAAACAAAAAAAACAAAACAAGAGACAUUGUUUACCAUAGAUUCCCAAAAAAUAUUGAUUUAUGUAAUAAAUGGGCAAAAUUAUGUCAUCGUUUCGAUUUGGUUGAUAAUGCAUAUGGCAAGUGUAACAACUCUCAAAGAUUAUGUUCCAUACAUUUUGAACCACAUUGUUACUCAUCUACUGGUAAACUCUGUGAUCGUGCUAUACCGAGCAUAUUUAGUUGGACUGUAAAAUGUGCUGGAACUGAUCAUCAAAAACAUACAUCAAGUACAAAUAUUUGUGAAAUGUCUGCAUCACAAAAUAUUGUUGAAAAUGACAUUUUGGACUUGCCAGAUGAAGAAUGCAGUUUAGUAAAUACUUCUGAAAUCAAUAGAGAAUAUACUAUCUCAUCAUUACCCGACUGUGCAGAAAUUAGUAAUAUAUCUGGUAUCAGUAGAGUGGCAUGUUCUUCAUCAAUAACAGAAGAUCAACUAUCACAAUCAAUAUAUUCCAGUGGUUCAACACAAACUCCUCAAAUAUUAUCACGACAUACACCAAGAAAAGAGAAAUUGAAAGAACAGUUAAUAACCCAAAAACAAAAGUAUGAAAAUCUCCAAACUGAGUUUAACAAAUUACAAAAGGAAUUGAGUAAUGCUUCUAGUCUAUCUAAUUUUAAGUUAAUGUGUGAUAACUUUUUGAGUCCUGAAAUGUCAAAUUUUGUUAAAUUAAAUUUAAAUAUGGAAAAUAGAUAUGCUGAUGAAUUCAAGCAAUUUGCUUUGACUAUAUGUUUCUUUGGACCAAUAGUUUAUGAAUAUUUAAAGCCCACUUGGGGUCUUCCUAAUAUUGAAAUGCUACAAAGGGUCAGUGAGCGCUGGGAAAUCAAUGCAGGUUUCAAUCAGUUUGUAUUUGAAGUAUUGAAGUUAAAAUCGGAACAUAUGUCUAAUGAAUCAAAACAAUGUGUUAUGUGCAUUGAUGAAAUGUCACUUAAAUCUUUUGUUUACUAUCAUACAAAAAAAGAUGUAAUUCACGGCUUUCAUGAUACUGGAUUAAUAAAAACUGAUGAAUUGGCUAAAUCUGUCAUGGUGAUCAUGAUCAGAGGUUUAAAUGACAAAUGGAAGCAACCAUUAGCAUUUUAUUUUGUUAGCACUAGCUGUGUUGGCGAUGAUUUAAAAAAUAUAAUAUUUAACUGUAUUAAUACAUUAGAAAAAAUUUCAUUUAAUGUUAAAGUUUUAAUUUCUGACCUUGGUUCCAACUUUAAACGUUUUGCAACAACAUUAGGUAUAUCUCCUAGUAAACCAUACUUCAAUGUAGGUACUAAAGAGAUUAUCUUUAUGUUUGAUCCCCCACACUUGUUGAAAGCUACAAGAAAUAAUUUUUUUUCAUAUAAAUUUCAAUCUGGUAAUAAAGUAGCAGAAAAAGUUCACCUUCAAACCUUAUUUAACUUUGAAAAAAAUUCCACUACACGCCUUGCUCCAAAAUUAACUGAAAUCCACUUAAAUCCUAACUCAUUCCAAAAGAUGCGGGUGAAAUAUGCUUCUCAAGUAAUGAGUCACACAGUUGCUGUUAGUUUAGAAACUUUGUUGUGUUUAGGAGUAUUGCCAUCAACAGCUCAAGGUACUAUAGAUUUUAUCGAUUCCAUGAAUAAGUUGUUUGAUUUAUUUAAUUCUCGUUCAUCUACUAAUGAACAAUCAGAAGUUUAUCAUGACGUCGAACCAUUCAAUUCACCAUUCAAAAAUUUAAGUUUUCAAGCUGAUUUUUUAAGUAAAAUGUCAGAAUACUUCUCUAAUUUAAAAAUUUUAAAACUUAAUACAAUAACUAAUACAUGGGAUAAUGUUAUUAAUACUUAUAAUAUAAUGUUUGUCCAUGGUUGGUUAGUUUCAAUUGCAGGCUUACUUCGACUUCAUAGUAAUUUAUCAAAAGAAAACAAUAAAGUUCAGACAAUUUAUACAAGCAAACUUAACCAAUAUUGUUUAGAAAACUUUUUCGGUAUAAUUCGAACUCAAAAUGGUAACUGUAUAAAUCCUACUCCAAUUCAGUUUAAAAGAACUUUUAAGAAGCUUUUUAGUCUUAAUUAUUUUCAACAUUUAGAAAAUGCUAAUUGUAUCGAUGAUGUGGAUAGUAUGUUGGCAAAUUUAGAUGAUGAUUCCUUAUCAAAGGUACAAUUAUUAAUUACUGGAAAUAAUCCAAUAAUAAAUGUCCAAGCACUGCCUGUUGAAAACACAAUAUAUCAAAAUUUAGAAUUACCAGAGCAAAAUGCUUUCAAAUACAUUUGUGGCUUUUUAUUGAGUAAAUGCUUAAAGUAUCACAAUUGUGAAAAAUGCUUUGAAUAUGCACAUUCAUCAACACACCUCACAGAUAAUAAACUUUUUAUAAACUUUGAAUCACUCGCUGUUGACUCAGACUCACUAUUUGGUAGUUCGGUAAUGCAAGGUUCUGAUUUUUUUCAAUACAUUUUUCAAUUGGACAACGUUUUUAAUACAUUUUUUAAAAAAAUUAUGCUGGAGGAACAUGUUGGGCAGAAAUUAAAAGAUAAAAUGAUCAAUUAUAUUUUUUUCGCUCAUCCGUGUGAUAAUUUCCCAAAUGAAUUUUUAGUAAACCUUUUUAUAAGAUUUAAAAUUUAUGGUACACUGACACAUACAAAUAAAUUUCAUCACAACACCAGAUCAAACAAAGGCUGUAGAAAAAUAAAAAUAUUGUCGAACCUUUAA